UCUCAUCCGCCAGCCACGCCUUUCUCUCUCUCCCUCCCUCCCCCCUAAUCUCUUUCGUACGCAUACUCUCCCUCUCACCCUCACUGCAUGUCCCUUCCUAAUCCUUUACCGAUCGCCCCUAUUCCAAAUUUAUUCGCUAACGCAUUUCUCCUUCCUCGAUAGAUCGCUUCCUUCUUCGCCUUCAGCUUCAUUGUGUGUGCGUGUUGGAUCAUCAAGGGCUUCACUCAAUAGGAAAUUUCCACUUUCCCUUGCACGUUUCCUUGCUUUGGGUUCUGCUCAGAUCUUCGAAAUAAUGGUUGAUCCGAGUGGAAAAGGAACAGAGGUAGAGGACACCAAUAACAGAAACCCUAACGGUGAUUCCUCGGAAGAAAGCCCAAUGAGCAACGAGCAGAAGAAAACCUGCGCCGACUGCGGCACGACAAAAACCCCUCUCUGGAGAGGCGGUCCGGCGGGGCCUAAGUCUCUCUGCAACGCAUGUGGAAUCAGAAGCAGGAAGAAGAAGAGAGCUAUUCUAGGCACGAACAAGGGAAGCACAGAAGAGAAAAAGGGCAAAAGAAGCAGCAACAAUGCUAAGAUUGGGGAUAGUUUAAAGCAGAGAUUAAUGGCUCUGGGAAGGGAGGUUUUGAUGCAGAGGUCACCGGUGGAGAGGCAGAGGAAGAAGCUGGGAGAGGAAGAACAAGCCGCUGUACUGUUGAUGGCUCUCUCAUGUGGCUCGGUCUAUGCUUAACGAUCACAAAUCAGAGUUCACCUUUUAGGACAAAAGUAGAGAGAGAUGUUUUAUAACGCACCCUUACAUUUUAGAAAUUGUAUGUUCAAAUUCGUAGGGUGAAAUUUAAUUCACUGUGAUUAGUUUUGUAUUAGCUUAGUUCACUGACUGAUGUAUUGGUAUCAUUAAUCUUAUCAAGAAUUGUUGUAAGAAAAUGGUUGAAUCCCAAUUUUGGUAAUAUAAUCCCUAAUUUUUGUUCCCAAA